CGGGGUACUCCUUAUAUGGUGUUUCUGUGAUGCGACGUUUUGUGUCAAUGUUUUUAUGCUAAUGAUAUUCUAAUAUCCAGCUGUAUGCAGUAGUAGUAGUAGUAAGGCAUGCGCAGUAUCGUGUGAAGAAAACGGCAAGGAUUCAAAGUUUUUGCUUGUUCUGUGGUUUCCUUCGGCUCGGUACCAUAUUUUGAAAUGUUUGGUUUUCAUAAAUCGAAGAUAUAUCGGAGUAAUGAAGGCUGUUGCAUUUGCAAGACCAAGUCUUCCAGCUCUCGGUUUACAGACAGCAGCAGAUAUGAGGAAAACUUCAGGCUGUGUUUUGGGUUGGUGGAAAAUCGAGUUGGAGACAUCUGCAAUGCUUGUGUCCUGUUAGUUAAGAGAUGGAAAAAACUGCCUCUUGGGUCCAAGAAGAACUGGAGUCAUGUUGUGGAUGCAAGAGCAGGACCUGGCUUUAAGCUGACCAAACCCAAAAAGGUGAAAAGCAGUGAUGGAAAGAAGAAAAGCAAACUGAAAAGGCUCCACAAAUUCAAAAGGCAAAACUCUGAUGCCCACAGCACCACGUCCAGCACAUCACCUUCCCAGUCUCCCAGCUAUAGCAACCAAUCAGAUGAUGGCUCGGACAUUGAGUCCAAGCAGAGGCGUUCCACCCCAUCCGUCUUCUCUUUCCUGGACCUCUCCUACUGGAAAAGGCAGAAGGUGUGCUGUGGAAUUGUGUACAAAGGACGUUUCGGUGAGGUGAUCAUCGACCCGCGUCUCUUUAAACCCUGCUGUGGCUCCAAGAAGCAGGAGACGCUGGCCCCCACGCCCGAAACGGACCUUUCUGAGGGGCACCCUGCUCCUCUCCCUGCCCUAUGCCCCCCUCCUCUCCCUGUCCUAUGCCCCCCUCCUCUCCCUGUCCUAUGCCCCCCUCCUCUCCCUGCCUCUCUCCCAGAGGUCCUGAAGGAGAGCUGGUGAUUGGCUGUGGGGCUUGCCCUGAGGCCUCUCCCUCAGCACCUCUUAGUUUUGUCUCCAGUGGCAGACCCCCCCCAUCCAGCUGUACUUUUAUUUUAUUAGUUUAAUGUAUAUCAGUUAAAUGGUUUUUGUAGUUUUAUUAUGAUUCUUUUCCUCUUUUGUAAAAUGAAUUUCAAUAUCUUUUUUUAAGAAAACAAAAAGGGACAAAAAAAAUCUUUUUUUUUUUUAAUUUUUUUUACACAAUAUAAAGUAUGGGCAUUAGUAAAAUAUUUAUAGGAUCAGGAAACAUAACUAUUAUAAUAUGUGGCCUGCAAGGGCAGAAUACUGUUUUCUUAUGCAUUUCGACUGUAAACAUUUUUUUAUAUAAUGCCAAUACCUGUGUUUGUAAAUACUGUUAUGGCACUGCAAGAGACUGCCUCCUUUAGAUUUGCUUUUGGUUCUUUACAGUGCAGUCUGGGUAUAUAUAAGCUGCUUUAUUUAAUGAUAUACAGAAUUCAACAAUAAGCUGGACAUAUGAAUGGCAGAAUUGAAACUUGUUUAAAGCAAUACUAUGGUGUUUUCCAACAACCACUUUGUCAGGUAGACAGAGAAUUUUAGUUGUUCAUGCCUUCCUUAAGAAAAAAAUCUACGAAGUGAAUUCCCAAAAUGGGUAAAGCUUGGAGUAAAGCUUUACAUGUUCCCAUGGAGACCUGCUGCUUACUCUCCUCAGCCACACUGAUCCCAGAUCAGUGCCCAUUCCAAGUUAAAUGGGCAGUUGCUGAGCAACAGAUGGAGGAUAGUGGUGCUUUGGGGAGUAAGGAGUAGUGUGGAACUGAACCCCAGGAGUUGCGUGUACAAAGCAUGCUCCUUAUAGUCGGUAGUGUAUAUGCCUUCCCUGUAGCUACCCAUUUCUGCCUCAGAAUGAACAAAAUCAUAUAUUAAGGAAAAUAAUAUCAAAAGUCUUCCAUGAAAUAUAGAUGCAAGAGCUGUAUAUCAAUUUUGUAAAUACCAGUGGAUAUGCAUACACAUACCAUUUAUGUGCAGCUGACAGCUGAAUACUUUGUUCCAUCUUUUCCCAAUUUUUUUUUGUAAAUGAACUCACUAGAAUCAUUCCAUUACUGUAUGACUACUGGUAUAUUUUCACAACAAAUUGUUCUUUUUUUAUUCCACAAAUGUCCAGUUCCUUUGUCUGUAAAUGUCAGUAGUCAAGUCCUAUCUGUAAACAUUUAGAUAUGCUGGCCAAAUUUGGUUUGAUUUUUGCUUUUUGUGUCCUGUCCAAUUGUAGACAUUUUAGAAUGGCCCCAGGUUCUCUAGGUAAAUUAUAUUGCACCUGAACAUACAAUUUAAUGGUUUGACGUCCCACACACUUUCAUUCCAUGGGAUUGCUUUUAGUAAGAGAAUCAGUUCUAGAAACUUUGUUCUCACCCAAAAAGGCAAUGUCACCCCUGCUUUUAUUGUGAUGACUUGAUAAGCAACCUUUAUUGUACUGCACUAUUUUAUGAGGUAACCCUAACGCAGUAAGCAGGACUGAUUAGUAGAGUGAUGACUUUUGGUGCAGAAUUGAACUGUCCACUCUAGGUCAUGCUAUUUGCCCCAAACUCAAAACUAUCCCUUGAAAUUGUUUUUUUCCGAAAUACGGCACUGCAGCAAUUCUGAGCAUAUUAACUUUUGUCAGAUCAUGUCAGAAGUUUUACUUGGAGAGCCAUCCUGGGGUCCAUUAUUGUAAGGGAUGUCUAUUAGUUGUGUUUCUGUCUCAUUUGUUCUAAGAUGCACCAAAUUUGGAAUGUUACUGUUUUUCUUUUCUAUAUAAUUUAUUUUAAUUUUAAUGUGAUUUCAUACAGUACUCUUGUAAUGAAUAAACACUUUUUACACAUUCCCAGAA